GGUCUGGUACUAGGAGUGUACGAGACGGAGAAGGAAGAGGACUCUCUCCAUCUAACUGAAGCAGCAGCUGGGGUCGACAGAGUUCUGUCUGGUAAACUGACUGAGCUGCUAAAGAUAUCAGGACCAGGUCUGAAGAAAGGGAAGAACAGAAUAUUCUACGGUCUUCAUGAGGACUUCCCGUGUAUAGCAGUAGUAGGUCUAGGGAGGAACUCUCUGGGUGUGUGUGGAACAGAAUACUGGGACACCUGUAAGGAGAACAUCAGAGCUGCCAUAGCAGGAGGCUGCAGGGGGCUCCAGGACCACGCGUUGACCCAUAUAGAGGUGGAUGGGUGUAAUGACCAGCUAGUCUGUGAUAGGAGGCUGCAGGGGGCUCCAGGACCACGCGUUGACCCAUAUAGAGGUGGAUGGGUGUAAUGACCAGCUAGUCUGUGAUAGGAGGCUGCAGGGGGCUCCAGGACCACGCGUUGACCCAUAUAGAGGUGGAUGGGUGUAAUGACCAGCUAGUCUGUGAUAGGAGGCUGCAGGGGGCUCCAGGACCACGCGUUGACCCAUAUAGAGGUGGAUGGGUGUAAUGACCAGCUAGUCUGUGAUAGGAGGCUGCAGGGGGCUCCAGGACCACGCGUUGACCCAUAUAGAGGUGGAUGGGUGUAAUGACCAGCUAGUCUGUGAUAGGAGGCUGCAGGGGGCUCCAGGACCACGCGUUGACCCAUAUAGAGGUGGAUGAGUGUAUUGACCAGCUAGUCUGUGAUAGGAGGCUGCAGGGGGCUCCAGGACCACGCGUUGACCCAUAUAGAGGUGGAUGGGUGUAAUGACCAGCUAGUCUGUGAUAGGAGGCUGCAGGGGGCUCCAGGACCACGCGUUGACCCAUAUAGAGGUGGAUGGGUGUAAUGACCAGCUAGUCUGUGAUAGGAGGCUGCAGGGGGCUCCAGGACCACGCGUUGACCCAUAUAGAGGUGGAUGGGUGUAAUGACCAGCUAGUCUGUGAUAGGAGGCUGCAGGGGGCUCCAGGACCACGCGUUGACCCAUAUAGAGGUGGAUGGGUGUAAUGACCAGCUAGUCUGUGAUAGGAGGCUGCAGGGGGCUCCAGGACCACGCGUUGACCCAUAUAGAGGUGGAUGGGUGUAAUGACCAGCUAGUCUGUGAUAGGAGGCUGCAGGGGGCUCCAGGACCACGCGUUGACCCAUAUAGAGGUGGAUGGGUGUAAUGACCAGCUAGUCUGUGAUAGGAGGCUGCAGGGGGCUCCAGGACCACGCGUUGACCCAUAUAGAGGUGGAUGGGUGUAAUGACCAGCUAGUCUGGGUGAUAGGAGGCUGCAGGGGGCUCCAGGACCACGCGUUGACCCAUAUAGAGGUGGAUGGGUGUAAUGACCAGCUAGUCUGGGUGAUAGGAGGCUGCAGGUGGCUCCAGGACAACGCGUUGACCCAUAUAGAGGUGGAUGGGUGUAAUGACCAGCUAGUCUGUGAUAGGAGGCUGCAGGGGGCUCCAGGACCACGCGUUGACCCAUAUAGAGGUGGAUGGGUGUAAUGACCAGCUAGUCUGUGAUAGGAGGCUGCAGGGGGCUCCAGGACCACGCGUUGACCCAUAUAGAGGUGGAUGGGUGUAAUGACCAGCUAGUCUGUGAUAGGAGGCUGCAGGGGGCUCCAGGACCACGCGUUGACCCAUAUAGAGGUGGAUGGGUGUAAUGACCAGCUAGUCUGUGAUAGGAGGCUGCAGGGGGCUCCAGGACCACGCGUUUGACCCAUAUAGAGGUGGAUGGGUGUAAUGACCAGCUAGUCUGUGAUAGGAGGCUGCAGGGGGCUCCAGGACCACGCGUUGACCCAUAUAGAGGUGGAUGGGUGUAAUGACCAUCUAGUCUGUGAUAGGAGGC